AUGACUGACUGCAGACAAUCCUGCAGAACUAACCGGUUUCUAGCACGACGCAAGCGUGCUUGUAAGAGCUGUAGAGCGAGACCUUCGUGUGGAGCUUGUAACACACGAGGUAUCACAUGCGAGUAUUCCUGGGAGAGUUUGGGAGUCGCCCCUCAAUCGGGGCAGAGAUUCGAGAAAGAGCGAGAGGAGACAUCCGAUGCAAUUUCUCAGUGUCCUGCACCAAUACCCGAUAUAGGUUUCGUCGCAAUUCCACAGGGAUCACGAAACACGAGUCUCCUCACAAGGCCAGAGGCAUCCAAUAUCUCACAGACUUCAAGACAGCCACUAAACAGCGUGGAAGGUCCACUCUGGGCCAAAGCACUAUUCCAGGCUUGCCGUCAAGUUGAUACUAGCCUUAAGCAACUCAAUAAACGCUUGAUUCAGGUGGAUAGGAGAAGACUUUCGUACUCGGACAUUUUCUCUGAGUGCUUGCAAUCACCACUCCUCGACCCAGAGCUGUACAAAAAGCUCGAAGAGGCUCGUAACGUUGAAGCGGUCGCGAUCACGAACGCAGAACAAAUAUAGCCGACGCUAUGCCACCUCUCAGUGAGAUCAUUCAGAGACUCAAUGAUCUUUGUAGCAAGCUGUACAAACAACCGAAAUAAGAGCAUUAUUUCUUUAUUUUCUAAAUUACUCUGUAUAUAUGGAAGCCCCCACAUAUCUUUACUUAGGCUUUCUCAUUUUGUACUUGUCUUGUUGAGGUUCGUUUGACGCAACGAUCUUGUAUGUAAUUAGUGUUUUCCACACUGCUUCACUCGUUCACCAUCCUUCCUUCUAGGGAUAGAAGAAUGCCUUCGGCAGCAAUGGCUAAACCAAGAACGACAAUGAACGCAUUGGUCCAUUUAUUGCAGCCUUUACUACCAUUCAGCAUGUUUUGCAGACGUCAUAGUAGCAUCUUCAUCA